UCCAAAACUUUAGAUUUUGUUGCGGUAUUCCCAAUUUGCAACAGGGUAUUAAUCCUUGACAGCAUUUGCCAUGCAUGGUUAACAAGACUAAACACAUGCCACCUUUGCCAGCGAAGCAAAGAUUCUGGGGAGCUGGUCUUUCUUUUUUACGGAAUGUGGAGGCUUAAGAUUGGAAAGGAGAGUGUAGGUGAUAAUGGGGCAUGGCUAGGGAGUUCGAACGACCAUGUGGGACAUCAAGUCUGGGAAUUCUGCCCUGAAUCAGGAACCCCAGAAAAGCUUUCUAAGGUGGCAAAGGCUCGUCAGAGUUUUUCCACUGAUCGUCUCCUGAAAAAGCACAGUUCUGACCUUCUCAUGAGAAUUCAGUAUGCGAAGGAGAAUCAAUUUGUCACUAAUUUAACACAAGUCAAAUUGAAAGAGUUUGAAGAUGUGAAGGCAGAGGCUAUAUUGACAACAUUACGCAGGGCCCUUAAUUUUUAUUCAACCAUACAAGCAGAUGACGGUCAUUGGCCUGGUGAUUGUGGGGGUCCUAUGUUUCUGCUUCCCGGUUUGGUCAUUACUUUAUAUGUGACGGGAACCUUAAAUGCCAUCCUAUCAAAGGAGCAUCAAUAUGAGAUGUGCAGAUAUCUAUACAACCAUCAGAACGAAGAUGGUGGUUGGGGUCUACAUAUUGAAGGCCCAAGCACUAUGUUUGGUACUGUUUUAAAUUAUGUCACCUUGAGACUGCUUGGUGAAGGGGCUGAAGUGGGACAAGGGACAGUUGAGAAGGCACGUGAGUGGAUUUUAGAACAUGGUAGUGCAACUGCAAUUGCGUCAUGGGGAAAAAUGUGGCUUUCGGUACUUGGUGCAUAUGAAUGGUCAGGGAAUAAUCCACUGCCGCCGGAAGUAUGGCUGUGUCCUUACUUUCUUCCAAUUCAUCCAGGAAGGAUGUGGUGUCACUGUCGAAUGGCGUAUUUGCCAAUGUCUUAUUUGUACGGGAAGAGGUUUGUGGGUCCUAUCACGCCCAUAAUUCUAUCAUUGAGAAAAGAGCUCUAUGCUGUUCCUUACCACGAAGUAGAUUGGCAUAGAGCUCGCAAGACAUGUGCCAAGGAAGAUCUAUACUAUCCACAUCCGCUGGUUCAGGAUAUUCUUUGGGCAUCUCUCCACUAUUUAUAUGAGCCUAUUUUUACAUGGUGGCCUUGUAAAAUCUUGAGGGAGAAGGCUUUGCGUACUGUCAUGCAGCACAUACACUAUGAAGAUGAGAAUACUCGGUAUAUAUGCUUAGGGUCUGUAAACAAGGUCUUGAAUAUGCUUUGCUGUUGGGUGGAAGAUCCAUAUUCAGAGUCAUUCAAACUGCAUCUUCCUAGGAUCUUAGAUUGUCUGUGGAUAGCUGAAGAUGGUAUGAAGAUGCAGGGUAAUAAUGGAACUCAAUUAUGGGAUACUGCUUUCGCUGUUCAAGCUAUCAUUUCCACUGGUCUUGCUGAUGAAUAUGGUCCAAUUUUAAGAAAAGCACAUGAUUUCAUAAAAUAUUCCCAGAUUUUAGAGGAUUGUCCUGGAGACCUAAAUUUCUGGUACCGUCAUAUUUCAAAAGGUGCUUGGCCACUCUCAACGGUAGAUCAUGGAUGGGCCGUCUCAGACUGCACAGCAGAGGGAUUGAAGGCUGUGCUGUUGUUAUCAACGCUACCUUCAGAAUCUGUUGGGGAACCUUUACAUAUAAUGCGGUUAUAUGAUGCUGUUAAUGCUAUCCUUUCCUUACAGAAUGUUGAUGGUGGCUUUUCAACUUUUGAAUUGACAAGAUCCUAUCAGUGGUUGGAGGUACUCAAUCCUGCUGAAACUUUUGGUGACAUAGUUAUCGAUUACCCAUAUGUUGAAUGUACCUCAUCAGCAAUUCAGGCACUAAUCUCAUUCAAGAAAUUGUUUCCUGAGCAUAGGAUGGAAGAAAUUGAAAAUUGUAUUGGUAGAGCUGUGGAGUUUAUCGAAAAGAAACAGGCUGCAGAUGGCUCCUGGUAUGGAUCCUGGGGAGUUUGCUUCACUUACGGUGGAUGGUUUGGAAUAAAGGGGCUAUCUGCUGCUGGUAGAACAUACAAUAAUAGCUCUAACAUUCGUAAAGCACGUGAUUUUCUGUUGUCCAAAGAGCUUGCAACAGGUGGUUGGGGGGAGAGUUACUCGUCAUGUCAGAACAAGGUUUAUACAAAUCUUGAGGGUGCUCGGCGACACAUUGUUAAUACCAGUUGGGCUUUGCUGGCCCUUAUAGAAGCAGGCCAGGCUGAGAGAGAUCCGACACCAUUGCAUCGUGCUGCAAGGGUAUUAAUUAACUCUCAAAUGGAGGAUGGGGACUUUCCUCAAGAGGAGAUCAUGGGAGUCUUCAAUAAGAACUGUAUGAUUAGCUACUCCGCAUAUCGAAACAUUUUCCCGAUAUGGGCACUUGGAGAAUACACCUGCCGAGUGUUGCGGGCCCCUUGA